CAGCUCACAGCACUCGCAAUCUCGAAGCUCGCCAUGCCGAUUCCGCGUUUCCGCGUGUGGCGUGCGUGGCGCGGAAUCGGUGUGUGUGGCGCGGUGUUGUUAGCGUUGUGCGUAGAGAGGGUCCUCGCCUUUGCUUGGAGUGGGACUCGAUCAAGGCCCAGCACCCCAACGCGCGUGGCGCCGCGGCUUGCCGCGCGCGUGGCACGUGGCGCGGGGCUCUCGGUACACUCCAACCUGGACCUGAACAUCGAAGUGCCUGACACGGACUUAGAAACCUCAGUCCCUUUGCUGGCUGCGGCUUUGGCGCUGUUCUUUGGUCUGCGACAGCUCAAGGGGCUCAUUGACGGACCAGAGGAAUUUCAGCUGCAGCCGGGCUCUUUGCAGGGCCGACGGGUGCUCAUCACAGGUGGGUCCGCUGGCCUUGGCUUCGAGACGGCCAUGCGCUUGUUGGAGGCGGGGGCAGAAGUCCUGAUCACCGCGCGCGCUGCCGGGCAGGCGCGCGCGGAAGCGGCGCUGGACGCGGAGCUGGGCGAGGCGACGGAGCUCCGACGGCGCGUGCAGGUGCUGCCGCUUGAUCUUUCCGAGCCCUCGAGCGUCCAGCACUGUGCCGCCUUGUGCCAGCAGCUCCUGUGCGGGAACUGCCUGGAUGUGGUGCUGUGCAACGCUGGAGUGAUGGCCAUUCCCCAGCGCAGCGCAAGCUCCUACGACGGCGCAGAGAUGCAGUUGGCGGUGAACCACUUGGGUCACUUCGCCCUCGUGGGACAGCUGCUGCCACUCCUCUCGCAGCAGCACGCGCGGGUGAUUUGCGUCUCCAGCUUAGCACAUCGCCUGGGCCAUCCGCCCAGACUCCUGCAGGAGCUGGAAUUGGGUCCUUCAGACGCGUUGCGCUACAAUGCCUGGGAUGCCUAUAGCGACUCCAAAUUGGCCAAUGUAAUCUUCGCCAAGGAGCUGGACCGGCGCUUCCGUGCGCAGGGGUGGCCAGCCUCUGCCGUGGCCCUCCACCCAGGCUUGUGUGCCACGGAUCUGGCGAAGUACGUCAUUUCCGGCCGAGACGAACCCUUAGAGGACCGCAACUCUUUGUUAAAGUGCAGCACCGGACCCACGGUCACGUAUGCCUCCUAUGCUGCGCCUGUACAAGCUCUCCUGCAGGCCGCCCGAGGCUUGCUACGACCCUUGGAACGGGGUGCCAACAGCCACGUGUUCCUGGCCGCCGGCGCAGAUGGUGGGCUCGAGCGGUCUGGAGGUGAAUACUUCGAGGACAUGAAGCCAGCCGAGACACACGCCGAGGCCGCGGAUCCCCUGGUGGGCGAUCGCCUAUGGGAGGCCUCCGAGCGCCUCACGGGCGUGCACUACGACUUGGGCCCGAUCCGAAAAAGGGACCGUGGCUCCAGGAGUUGAACGAUACGUCCCCGUGGAGCGUCUCAAAGAAGAAGUUAGUUGAGCCUUGAAGUUUGAAACUCGUGCAGCCAUCAUGCACUCGCAUGAGUUGAACUAUACCCCAUGGACCGUACCAUGUUACCAUAUGG